AUGAGCCAGGGGUGCCAGGGACGCGGGAAAGGGGGUGUUAGGGGCGCGGGAGAAUUCAACCGAUGGGUUCCACUUACCGGAUCGUCGUCGGGAGGACCGGAAGACGGUGGCAGCGGUGGAUCCAUAACCUGUAAGUAAACCCCAUGGUAAGAAUGAGCGUGAGGGGGACACGGGGGCGAGGGGACAUUCAAACCAUUAACUCCACUUACCCGACAACUGCCAACACAAGCGUCGAAAACGUGCCAGACCCAACUCUUGUUGACAGUGAGGGCACGUGGGUGUAGGACGGGACGGAGUGACGGCCAAGGAGGCGUACAAACAGGCUUUAUGGACCAGCACGCGGCAACAGGGCGUACGGAUGACGGCUCGGACCAGUUCCCUCGCACACAGAAGACACCAAUCCAAAGUAAAAGGCCACACCAUAACAAAGACAUUCCUAGGAACAAAUUGGUUUGAGUCGACUGGGUGAGAGAGUUCUUUUUAUGGUGUGUGAGGAGGGGGUCUCAUUUCACCAGACCCCCCUCUAAAAAAGCCCCCAAAAGAGGGGGGAUACCCCCCCAUCCCCCCCUCUUUUGGGGUGGGCCGAGAGAGCCCGGGACCCAGGCCAGAGAGGGUGAUAUAUAGAGCAGGGGGAUGCCCGGCUCAUGUCACUGCAAACCGGUCGGUGAAUGGCCGCUUCCUUUUGUACCAUCUGAUUCAUCGUCCUGGUUUGUUGCUCAUGUUUGGUUCCUGUUCCUAAGACACCGCAAAGGCUAACUCCCAUGGCGUCCCACUUGAAGAUCGAAGGCAACGAGGCCAAAUGUUUUUGUUCUGUCCACCAAGGGGCCAACAUUGCAAAAGGUACGUUGGAGAGAGUGGUUCACCCUUACCCUCUACGCCAUGCUCACACCUGGCCGCGAUCCCCUUGUCAUUGCGUGUGGUUAUUGUGCAGGGUCUUUAUGCUGGUACAGUGGACUCCAGUCAACGUUCACACUUUCUUGACCAAGCGAGAGCGUGGAGGUCCUCACCCCGUGUUGGACCAUGCCGAGUGUUACAACCACAACGGGUGGGUGUGUGAUUGUCAUUAUUAUGGGGUAGGCAAACCGGCAACGCCCGACUCGGGCUGAACUGUGUUAUUUUUUUGUUUACAGACGGCGUACGCAUCGAGAGUGAGAGUUUGGAGCAGUGCGAAUGGAUGUACGGUAUGUUUUCGCACCACUGUUUACCCAACCCCUCGUGGCACUUUACCCUGAUGAAAAAGGAACUGCUGGCGCUCCUCCGAUGUCUGACGACGGGCAAUUCCAACAAGAUCAGCAAGCGGUUGUUGGGCAUUUUUUCUUACCUCACGAAAUACAAUAUGGAAACCAAGACCCUCCCGCCCCCGGAACCCAUCGAAUUACGGGCCAUGAUUUGUUGCGGGUUGACGAAGGAGAUGCUACCUUUACCGACAGCGAUCAAGAUCCACCCUUCCUUCGAUUUCUUGAAAAUCUUGUUAGCUGA